AUGGUUGCUACCACUAUAGAGCAUAACGAUGAUGAUUAUGUUUCACACAUGAUGAAUGACAUAUACUGCUCUCCAUAUAUUCUACAUUUUGACAAGUCUGAUCUAGCUGCUGGUGGAAAUGUGCUUGAUGUCCCACUCAUAUAUGAGUCUAUAAGAAACCACCAUCUCAUUCAAAAGUAUUUUGUUGAUGAGACCCAGGAAACCAAUAUGAUAAAUCAAGAUGUUGAUAAAGAUGUGUCAGACAUCAUGUCUGACAUGUUGGAGACUAAGUCUAAAAUUCAUAAAGAGAAUGAUGAUGUGACCCCUGAGAAUAAUUUCGUGAGUGAUGAUGAUCAUGUCCGUGAAGAUGUUGAGGUUGAUAUUUGUUCUUGCUAA